AGUAUUUCAGCUUUUAACUUGUUUUGCCUAUAUGCAGGUGCGCAAACGCAGCAAGGCAUGCAGGGCUGGGUUGCGGGAGGCUGAUGAGCUGGUCUCCAUCAAUGAGCAGCCAUGUGCAACGCUCUCCCAUGCCCAAGCCAUGAACCUCAUCGACAGUUCCCCUGGGAUAUUACACAUCCGGGUCAAAAGGGCACCUGCUGGUUUUCAGUCUGUGGUGCUUGUGACCCGAGCCCCAUCUCCCCGAAUAGACAAAGAGUACCGUGCUGCUCUGCGAGCUAUGUCACCAAAUCACCCUCACCAUGCACCUGUCCGCGAAGUCCAUCGUAGCCGCUCCACCCUAACCAGCGGCUUGACAUCGCCACCUGGGAGCGAGGCUUACUAUGGCGAGACUGAUAGUGAUGCAGAUGUGGCAGGCUACGAGAGACAACGCAGGCAGAAACGCCGAAGCCCUAGCAACUCCAACCCUGGGAAACCCACAGGACGAACCUCUCCUGAGGGUGGGGAGACAUCAGAAAUGAGUGGCUAUGACAGCGCUCCAGAUGCACAUGUUUACCCCCGUUUAUUGGAUGGUGGAGAGGGAAAUGGAGGAGGAGGUCUGCCAGGGGUGGCUAGAAGGGAAGUGAUUUACCAACCUCAUGGUCCCGGAAUGUGGUCUUCCCAGACAUCGACAGAGACUUCCUCUAUCAUAUCCUCAGCAGAUGACCAAGGGCCACGGGAUGCAGGGCAAGAGGAGGAUAGUGGCUUUUUAGAGCCUGCCAAUGUGCCACUGGUAUCCCCUGAGAGGGCAAAGGAGGCUCUGAUGCUUGGCUCCCGUAACCAGCUCGUGCCCAUGGUGGGUCCUGUGAAUAAACCCAUCGAUGAUGAGCUUACAACAACAUACAUGGAAAAGGCCAAGCAAGCCAGUAAGUACACCUGGAGAAGGCCACUGGGAUCAACUUGUGCCUCACAUGUAAAAGUUAAAUAAAUAUCCUAUUAUGAUUUGGUGGGAGUUUAUGAUUAUGAUACAAAUGAUCCAAAAAUUAAAAAUCGAACAAAUACGCCUUACCUUUUUCUAAACAGUGCGUCAAGAGAGGUCAGUUAUUGAUUUAAAACAGUGCUUUAGGGAGCUAAAACAGAUCAGUUUUGGAACUACAGUGAUUAUCUAUAUAUGGUACCUGUUUAUAAUUACCCUAGAGUCACCAGCCGAGUUUUGAAGCUGGUCAUUAGCUAUUUAUAUCCAUUGAUACUCUGGAAACAUCACUGAUACCAAAUUAAUUGUACCAAUACUGUCG